GUGUGGCUGGCGGCGCUGAGGGAGACCGACAAGCAGGACUCCACGGAGCGUCACAUGAUCUGCGAGGACCACUUCCUGCCGGAGGACGUCUCCUCCAGCGGGGUCACCAGCGACGUCAUUCCCAUCAUGCCCCCGUACCUGGACGGGCCGCGGGGCCUGAUCAGCCCCUGGGGAGCCGAGUCCUCCGAGGAAGAGGAGGAAGACGAGGAGGAAGAUGAAGAGGAUGAAGAUGAAGGUGGAGAUGCUCCUCCACUGCAGCAGGGUCCAGGUGGAGGUGUGGAGAGUCCUCCAGAGGCUGAACGGACCCGCGCCGCAGAGGACAGAGGACAGAGGAGACAGUCGGUCCGGUCCAGCAGAGCCUCGGGACAGGGCGCGUCCCAGAGGCUGCUGGGAUUGCUGACUCAGCGUUUCCUGGAGCUGCUGCUGGCGGCGCCGGGCGGCUCCAUGGACCUCCGGCAGGCGGCCACGAGCCUGCAGACGUACAAACGGCGAGUGUGCGACAUCACCAACGUCCUGGACGGGAUCAACCUCAUCCAGAAGGAGUCGGCCAACAGGAUCAAGUGGAUAGGAAGGUGUCCGAUCUCCAGCUUUCUGAGGAAGAACCAGCUCAAGUCCCAGAGCGAGCUGGAGAACCUGAAGCUGGUGGAGGACACGCUGGACGGCCUCAUCAAAAGCUGCGCCAGGCAGCUCUUCGACAUGACGGACGACGUGGAAAACUCUGCGUCGGCCUACGUGACCCACGAGGACGUCAGCCGGAUCCCAGGCUUCCAGGACCAGACGGUGAUGGUGGUGAAAGCUCCAGAGGAAACUAAACUGGAGAUUCCUGCUCCCAGAGAGGACUGCAUCCAGGUCAGCCUGAAGGCGGGGAGGGGACCCAUCACCGUGGUGACCUGUGAGAUGGGGUCAGGAGACACUGUGACCUCCGACCCCGCAGAGAAAAGCAGCUUCUUUUUAACACUGGAGGAGAGUCGGAUCAGCACGCUGUACACAGACGGCUCAGCUGCUGGUGUGCUAACAGGAUGGAGGCUGAGAGAAGUCCUCAGUGUGACACACAGGAAGUAGAAAGAGGCAAACCGAGUCCGUGCAGAGUGCGUAACCGCCAGUCGACCACCAGGAGGCGCCGUCUGUCAGCAGGAAGCCGCCCUGCAGGUCCACUAACAGCUCAGAGCUGCAACAAGAGGUCGAUGGAAAAAAACACUUUGCUGCCAAUUAUUGUGAUAACUGAUUGAGCGCUUCAGGUAUUUCACAGCCUCUUAAAGCUGCAGGUAACUUUUCUAAUAAUAACGUCCGGGCCCGGUGGAUUCUUGUGAAUCCCAUCAGGAGCACCAGGAGGAACCAGAGGAACCUGAGGAACCAGAGGAACCUGAUCCGUCUCUACUGUCAGGAUUCAGUGAGGAAAGGUUAUUUUUACUAAAGUUACCUACUGCAGCUUUAAUGUGAGUCAUUUCUGAUCCUGAUGAAGAGUCUCUUGGGGUUUUGGACCGUUGGUUGGACAAAAGAAGACAUUUAAAGACAUUAUAAUGAGAUUUUUUAUCACUUUCUUUCUUUUCUUGUUAAGGUUAAAGGUAAAGAUGGUUUCUGGGCCUUUUUAUGGCCUUUUAUUAGACCGGAGCAACGGAAGAGUGACAGGAAGGUGGCGGGACCUGGACAAUCUGUAUAUUUAGAGAGUAGUUUUCCAGUCAUGGAAACACCUGGAAAUGUAUUAAAAUGACCAAAUAUCCUGGAAAUGAUCCAGGUUGUCCUGAAGAAUGUUUAUUGUGUUUUAGGGAUCUUUUUCUCAUAAUGAACCUGAGACACUUCAUUGUUAAAAAUGGCGGUCAAUGCAGGUCAAUUAUACGACUGUUGGUGAGCGAGUGCUGUCGAGAAAAACUCCUGGAAAGGUCCUGGAAAAAGGUUUCUUAGAAAGAGUGAGAACGCUGCAGCACAGAGGACUGUACGAGCCACCAGGGCGACCCGUCAUAAGCAUUUUCACAAAUGUGACGAAACGAUCAAUCAAUAAUGAAAGUAAUCACACACACACACACACACACACACACACACACCUUCUCUCUGUCACACACACACACACUCACACUCUCUCAC